AUGAUUAGAAUUACACGGGCGCCGGGGGGAAAUGAGGUUGUUUGCAUCAGACUCGGAGAUGAAGAGAUGGAUGAAGAUGUCAUCUCUCUGAAGCACUACUUGUGGACGCUGUACGGAUGGCCAACAUGGAUGCAAAGGCUGCUACACCAUGACGUGUGCCUGAACGAUGGGACCUUGCUAGAGCCCGAUACCGAGCUUCAGCUAGUGUUACUGGAUGGCUCUGAUGUCUGUCAAGAGGAGAAGGAUGAGGCGCUCAGUGAUGCGGCAUCCAAUGGGCAUGUUGAGGGCACACGUGCUCUUUUGGCAGUUGGGGCCUCCCCUUGCCAACAAUUCCACGAAGAUGAUGACAGUGAAGGCAGCAAUGAUGGGGUUAGCACAGCGGCUGGCUAUAGCCAUUCGCGCUACAUACGGCAAUCCACUGCGCUGGACGUGGCCAGCACUGCAGGCCACGCAGAGGUUGUGCAAGUGUUGCUGGAGGCUAUCACUUUGCAGACGCAGAGCAAAAAAGAUGAGGCGCUCUACAGAGCGUGUGCUCGAGGGGAUGUGGAAGUUGUGACCCCCUUGCUGGCGGCCAACGCAAAUCCCAACUAUGUCUUCAAUUUCGUUUAUGUAUCUGAGUUCGAUGAUACCCUCUAUGACGAGCAGGCCCACUGGACGCCUCUGGCUGUGGCAUGUCUGAAUGGCCACCCAGCAGUUGCGCAAAUGCUUGUGGAAGCUCGUGCUGACUUGUCACGUUUAUCUGGGAGCAGAGAGGAAUCAAUUUGCUGCCCUUUCGAGCAUGCGGCCAGAGAGGGGCACAUGCAAGUUCUGCGUGUGCUGCUGGAUUGCUUUGGGUCUGAUCUAUCCCAGGAGGGCAAAAAUGCAGCACUCUACUUUGCAUCUUCCGCAGGGUGUGUGGAAGUUGUGAGUGCCUUGCUGGAAGUCGGGGCUGCUCCCAAUUGCGAACAUGCCAGUGACGAUGAUAGCGAUGAUGGUGACAAGGAUAGCGCUGUAGAUGGUUAUAGCCAUUGUCGUUAUGUGGAGAGAUCAACGGCAUUGGACAUGGCUUGCACUAAAGGCCAUAAGGAGGUGGUCCAACGGUUGCUUAAGGCUCCCGCUGCGGUUACGAAACAGGAGAAAGAUGAUGCGCUUUACAAAGCAUCUGCUCGAGGGAACGUUGAAGUUGUACAUUUCUUGCUGGCGGCCAAAGCAAGUCCCAACUAUGUCUUCACUUUCGACUAUGAGUAUGUCAAUCGCCAUGCUUAUGACGAACAGGCUUGCUGGACGCCUCUGGCUGUAGCAUGUCUCAAUGGCCACCCAGCAGUUGCGCAAAUGCUUGUGGAAGCUCGUGCUGACUUGCUGUCUUCAGCUGGGAGCAGAAGAUCCUUGGUUUGCUCACCUCUCCAACAUGCGGCUAGAGAAGGCCAUGUACAGGUUGUAGAUGUCCUGCUUUCUGCAUUCCAAGUCUGCAUGGAUGACAACAUCAAGACUAUCCUGAGAACAAUUCUUCAGGAUCCCAGCAUGCAAGACAAGGCAGACGUUCGAGCAAUGGUGCAAACUGCUUUGGACAAUGCCUGA